AUGUCUCUACUGAAACCACGAAGAGAGAUCUCCGAGAACAUCUCAGAGGCGUUUUACCAGACGACAUCCGCACUUGACACAAUCUGGACGCAAGCUGCGAGCGUUCAACCUCGAGCCGAAUACGUCUGGCUCCCGCGUGAAGGCCUUUGCGUGUUUGAUUCUCCAACCGAUGCCCGAGCUCUAGUGUGCCUCGCACAAACCGACGUCUCAGACCUGGGGGUAAUAUUAUGUGUUGCAACGUUGGCUGCAGUCACAGUCCCAGUCCUUCGGGAACUCCAUGCUGUCCUCAAAGAUAGAUCGGAGGAGCUCCAAUCCAACAACAAUGACGAUGUCAGGAUUUCUGCGUACAACCACCGAGAGGUCAAGCUUGUCAUGCUGCGAAUAUAUGGAUGGAGACCACAAGCUGUCGCGCAUGUCAAAAAGAAACUAGGCGAAAUGUUAACUGGCACGGUUGUGCUCGACGACUCUGGCUCGGCUUUGUGGCAUGGCUUAUUUGCCACAAACGAAGGCUUGUCGUCUCUCAAGGCUGUUUCUCAAAGCAAUAAAGUCUUUGUUUAUAAGGAUCUGCGCAAACAGCAACUUCAGCUGUACGGCUUGGGCAGUUUAUUCGAGGACACCCGCCGCGCUAUCAUCCAGCUCCUCAGUUCCCUCUCAUCCAUGUAUCUCAUUUCUCUUGGAGGGGAGCUCUUCGGGAGCGCAGUGUCCGGAGGCUUUUGUCGGUUGGUCAGGCAAUUCGGCAGGAAGAGUGCAACAUUGGACAUCCUGCAGAAACCGCCGGCUAUAGUGUUUCGGGCCAACUCCCUCAUCCUCGAAAGCCCUUUGGAAGUGGAGUGCCAACAAGUCAACACGAGCGAGGAAUGUCCAUGUUGCUUUUCGACUGCCGACAAUCCCAUCAGGCUCGAAUGUGGCCAUACCUACUGCCGUUGUUGCUUUGAAGGUCUAUGUGAAGAAGUCAAGCACAACAAGGUCCCGAUCUUGUGUUUCGAGGAUUGCAGCAAAUGUGGUCAAAUCGACUCUCUAACGGAGCUCAAGGGAGUUCUCAAACACGACAAAUUCGAAGCGAUCUUGGAGGCAUCCUUCGACUCCUAUAUACGAUCCCAUCCAGAAAUGAUGCAAUACUGUCCGACGCCAGAUUGUCCGACCAUCUAUAAAGUCUCUGAAGCAGCUGACAUGUUUACCUGUGUCAAUUGCUUGACUUCCAUCUGCUCCCACUGUUGA